AGUCCAGGCAUGACGACAAAGGGUCCGCCAUCCUUGAUCUCUCGGAUGAACUCUACCGGCCUAACUGCUUCAGUUGUCUCGGGCACCAGGUCAUCAUACAACGGUCUGACUACACCAGAGAUGGACGAUAAGUCGUUCGCAAACACUUUGCAACAGAGGUUUAAGACUAGCCCGACAUUUUCUGAAGGCGACUGGCACGAGAAAUCAUCUGCUUUUGAGCCGGCUUCCACAGGAGAUACUGACAAUGUGUUCAUCUCUACAGAUGACUUUUGCCUCAGGGAGUCAACUUCAGGCGACCCUCUGCAAGCUCUGUCAAAAUCACUUUCUAGCGUUCUUGCCCGUCUGCCCAAAUCCGAUUUGCCGCUGCUGAGUGAAAAUAAGCCCACGGAUAAGACAGCUCGCAGAUUGAGUGGCGUGUAUUGGCAGCAGCAGCAGCCGCAAAAGCAGCUCUCUCAACACAAAUGCAACCAGUUUUCGGGACUAAAGACCUCUUCCACUAUUCCAGAAGCAAUCUGCGCCUAUUCCCGAGGCCCCCGAGUAGUUAACUCACUACCAACCUCGCAGACGUGCAAGGUGAAAGAAUAUAAUAAAUAUUUCAAUAUUUAA